GGGGCACGUAAGGGAAACGCCUUGGGCUAGAGCAACGGGCUGGAGUGAUUUGACAGCAGGCACGCUGGGGAGGGAUACAGAGCCCAGGCUGGAUCCCUAUCAGUGCUAGUUGAGCUAACCGCUCCGGGAGCGUCGGAGAGAGUCCACACCUGGAACGGGCUCGCCAUGGCCGGGCUGAAGACAGCGAGCGGGGAUUACAUCGAUUCCUCCUGGGAGCUGAACGUGGCUGUGGAGGAGCUGGGGCCUGAGGCCGAGCCCCUCACCCUGCGAGUCACCGGAGAUGUGCACAUUGGGGGCGUCAUGCUGCAGAUUGUGGAUAAGAUCAAGGUGAAGCAGAACUGGUCAGACCACGCUCUCUGGUGGGAGCAGAAGAAACUCUGGCUGCUCAAGACCAACUGGACCCUGGAUAAGUACGGGCUGCAGGCAGACGCCCGUCUCCGGUACACACCUCAGCACAAGCCUGUGCGGCUGCAGCUGCCCAACCGGCGGAUGAUCCGUGUCCAUGCCAGCUUCUCUGAGCCCGUCUUCCGUGCUGUGGCUGGCAUCUGCCGGGUGCUGAGUAUCCGGCAUGCCGAGGAGCUUUCACUGCUGCGGGCGCCUGAGGAGAAGAACAAAAAGAAGCGGAAGGGGCCGGCGCCGGGGACAGAGGAUGAGUUUGACCUAAGUGGGGUGGUGCUGCCAGCCAGUGCGGAGCAGCAGCCGUUCCGGGGGAUGCCGGCCCAUUUCUCGGAUAGCUCCGCCACUGAGGCCUGUUAUCGGAUGCUGUCAGUGAGCUGGACUGGCCUGACCCCCGAGCACGUACUGAAGAUGCCUCGGCCCAGCAACCUCGUGGAGAAGGCCCAGAUCAACAGCCGGUGGCUGAGCUCCUCGCGGUCACUAAUGCAGCAGGAUGUGCUGGAGAACGAGCAGCUUUGGCUGCGGUUCAAAUAUUACAACUUCUUUGACCUGGAGCCCAAGUAUGAUGCGGUGCGCAUCACCCAGCUGUAUGAGCAGGCGCGCUGGGCCGUGCUGCUGGAGGAGACCGAAAGCACCGAGGAGGAGAUGAUGGUCUUCGCUGCCCUGCAGUAUCACAUCAACAAGCUCUCCCUGAGUGCUGACCCCACAGAGCCAGCUGGGGAGCAAGGCAUGGAUGACCUGGACUCAGCCCUGUCCAACCUCCAGGUCAAGCUGGAGGGGGGGACAUCAACCUCGGACAUGCUGGAAAAUCUCACCACCAUCCCUGAGCUGAAGGAUUAUCUCCGGAUAUUCAGGCCCCGCAAGCUGACGCUCAAGGGCUACAAGCAGCACUGGGUGGUGUUCAAAGAGACCUCCAUCUCCUACUACAAGAGCCGUGAGGAGGCACUGGGUGAGCCCGUGCAGCAGCUCAAUCUCAAGGGCUGUGAGGUGGUACCGGAUGUCAACAUCUCAGGCCAAAAGUUCUGCAUCAGACUGCUGGUGCCAUCUCCGGAGGGGAUGAGCGAGGUGUACCUGCGCUGUGAGGACGAGCAGCAGUAUGCCCACUGGAUGGCAGGGUGCCGGCUGGCAGCCAAGGGCCGGACCAUGGCAGACAGCACGUAUCAGUCUGAGGUGCAGAACAUCCUGUCCUUCCUGCAGCUGCAGAGAGCCAGUCCUGACGUGCCCGCGACCCCUGAUGCCGAGGCCAUGGGCACCCAGUGGCUGGUGUCCCCCCGCUACCAGAAGAAAUUCAAGCCGAAACAGUUAACCCCGCGCAUCCUGGAAGCCCAUCAGAACGUGGCCCAGCUCUCACUCACCGAGGCCAAGAUGAGGUUUAUCCAGGCCUGGCAGUCGCUGCCUGAUUUCGGCAUCUCCUACUUUGUGGUCAGGUUCAAGGGCAGUAGGAAGGAUGAGAUCCUGGGCAUCGCCAAUAAUCGUCUGAUCCGAAUCGACCUGGCCGUGGGAGACGUGGUGAAGACUUGGCGGUACAGCAACAUGCGCCAGUGGAAUGUCAACUGGGACAUCCGUCAGGUGGCGAUUGAAUUUGAUGAGCACAUCAAUGUGGCAUUCAGCAGCGUGUCGGCCGGGUGCAAUAUCGUGCAUGAGUACAUCGGGGGGUACAUCUUCCUGUCCACCCGCUCCACCGACAAGGGCCGGGGCCUCGACGAGGAGCUUUUCUACAAGCUGACAGGGGGCCACGAGGCCCUGUGAGCACUCAGCACUGCUCCCAUCUCCUGCUGGGUACCAGGGGGCAACAGGGAGGGGGGAGAGCUGGGGCCAACAUUGGCCCCACCUACAGGGAGGGAGCAGCCAUCUGUACAAUGGACCCCUCACCCACCCAUCACAACCACCUACCCUCCUAUCCCCAACACACCCACCCUCCUCCCCAUACAGAACUUAACCAGCCCACCAAUCCCUACACACACAUUCCCAAGCCCCUCACCCAUGCACUAAAACCCCAGCCUCCACGUUUCCAUACACACCCAGCUAACCAACCCAGCCACCCCAACACCUACCCCCCUCAAAUUUCCUACACACAAGGCCCCAACACCACCCCUCAAUGGCCUACACAACUCCAGCCCAAGCCACCCCUUAAUCCACCCAUCCCUUCUCGUGUCCCCUACCACCCCAGCACUCCUGCAUGUCCUCUAUGGAAAGGGGAAUACAGGUCCCCAGCCAGCACCCCCUACCCCAGCAGUGUGUGUGUGUGUGUGUGUGUGUUCGGGGGGAGGCGGGGAGUGCGGCAAAUCCAGCAGAGAGAUGGUUAAAGAGGCUGCAGCAGAUGGAACAAUAGGGAUGUUAUUUUACACUGCUCUCUCCUGCCCUGGUUCUCCUCCAUGUCAUGACCCUGGAGCCGGCUCGGCCCUGUGGGGGUCACUUGAGGGGUAGCAGAUGCCCUGAAAGAGAGAAGAAUAAUACAGAAAGGUGUUGGCAGCAGCUGGCUUUCCUGUACCCACCUGCCCUCGCCAACCAUGCCAGGGAAUGACAGGACCCUCCACCCCACACCGGCCCAUGGACACUUCUCUGCCACUCCCUGGGAGAGGAUCAAAGCCACGGCUACUUGGAUUCUGCCACGAGUUGCCAGCCAGGCAUGUCGGCUGGGACUGCAAACACAGAGUAAUAAACCAAGCUCUCACUA